AUGUGCUAAGUUACUGUGUCCCGCAUUUUACAUUGGUAAUUUGGAACACAAAUUUGUUUGAAGCAUUUAAAACAAAUGAGAAAUGUCUUUCAUUAGGACACUUUGGAAAUGUACAUUUAGUCCUCGACUUUUUAAAGUUUAUGAAGUAACAUGGUUCGGUCGUUUGGUAGACAAAUCAUAUGAGCCUAAUAGUUUAGAACGAUGGGGGGAUCAAAUCGUGAUUUGCUUUGCAGCAAUUUGGUCUAUGAGUCUAUAUACAGUACCACUAGUGGCAAUUUUUUUCUAUCAACGCAGUAAUUUCUUAGCUGAAAAUCUUUAUACCUUGAGUAAGUUAGCAGUUAGUGCUGGUGCAGUUUUCAUUGCAUCAUUAGCUGCCCGUGGUUGCUCUAGAGCCAACAAUUCAGUAUAUUUAAAAUUUUUAAAAACACUUGAAGAAGCACAUGCAUGUUAUAAUGCAGAAACAAAACAAGAACUCCAUAAGUAUGAGUUUGAAUUUUGGGCAUGGCCUGUAGAUUGCAAAUAUACUGAUAUAGAAAGGGAUGCACAAAAAGAAAAAUUAACAUUAGAAAAAAUUGCUGCUUCUAGUGGUCGUAUAAAAAGGCAAACUGGUAAAGAAUUUAUAUUCACAUUGCCUUGUAAAUUUUUAUCAUACAUUGUAGCUCACACAUUUGCUAUUAAGAUGAUAUAUCCUGGAAGUGUAUCAAUUAUUAACUGGGCAUUUCGUUCAAAACUUAUGAAAGGAAGAAUAGAUUUGAUAAAAAGUGGUGGGGCAAGGUAUAAAUUGUUAACUGCAGAUAAUAAUGAAAUUGAUGCUAUGUUCAUUGACCAACGUAACAAAACAAGAAAUGGAAAUAUAUUAGUUGUCACAUGUGAAGGAAAUUGCGGUGCUUAUGAAACUGGUAUUAUAUCAACUCCAUUAAGUAGGGGAUAUUCUGUGUUAGGGUGGAAUCAUCCUGGAUUUGGUGGUAGUACUGGUGCACCAUAUCCUCUACAAGAAGAGAAUGCUAUCGAUUGCGUAAUGCGCUUUGCGAUCGAUCACUUAAAAUUUACUGAGGAACAAAUAAUUCUUUACGGUUGGAGUAUUGGAGGAUAUACUGCAACUUGGGCUGCUAUGAACUAUCCAUCUAUUAAAAGUCUGGUAUUAGACGCCACAUUCGAUGAUGUACUUCCGUUAGCUAUUAUGACAAUGUCCUCAUCGUUAGAAGGUUUAGUACGAAACAUUAUCAGAGACUAUUUCAAUUUGAAUAUUGCGGAGCAAUUAAAUAGAUAUAAUGGCACAGUAUUGCUUAUACGAAGAACGGAAGAUGAAGUAGUAUGUACACCUAGUAAUACGUUAUCAGGAAAUCGAGGUAACAUGUUGCUUACAAAACUUUUAAUACGACGUUAUCCACAUCUUUUUGUGGAAACUUCAGAUUGCGCUACGCUUUUAGUAAGAUUCCUAUCUGCUGAUGUAUUUACUAGAAUAUCAAUAAUCGAGACAGUUGAUGAAAAGCAAUGUUUAAAACUCAUUGCAGCAGAUAUAGAAAAAAAUGGUGGAACUGUAAAUUAUCCUUCUGUUCUUGGACAAGACUGUGAUCCUAAAGUAAAACAACAAUUAAUCCUAUUCCUUGCAACAAUGUACAUGAAGGAUCAAUCAUCAUCCCACUGUGCAGCAUUAGCAGUGGAUUUGUUUCAUCCUGGAUGGGAUCCCAUGUCUGCGAUGUUAACAAAAGAAUGA